AUGAAGGCAAAUAAACCUCUCCUUAUGCAGCUGGACGUUGUUUACCAGUACUUAUUGAACUUCAAAAAGCUAUCGGGCAACCUCGAUAUUAUCAAGUCCCUGGGUGAGGAUAUGAAUGCUCAAGAUAUGACAAAGUGGGCCUUGCCGAAUUACGAUAGUCUUAUCAAGAUUCUAAGUGCGGGAGAUAAGUUACGUCGCCAAAAGGCCCUUGGUCGGUUGAUUGCCUGCUUCCAGCUUCUGCUGUCAUCAUACUGUUGUUGUAAACUGGAGGAUCCACGCAAGUUUGUGUUUGACUGCCUCUUGGUUAAGUUUAUCAAAAAGGACAUUCUGCCAAACAAAACAAAAAAUUCAAAGAUUAUACAAAGGUUUCACUCCAAAAAGGGAUCGUCUAUAAAAAAAUCAAAGUUGCUUAGGUUACAUUGCAAGCUUCUUGUGGUGAUCUUCAAUCUCAAGCUGAAGAUAGCUACAUCUUCGACCGAAAAGAACAAUGCUCACAUAGUGCAGUUUUUUCAGAUGAUUGAUGACUACUGCAUAUACGUGGAAAGCCUAAUACAUGCAUUAAUCGCUCAUACCUCGUCCAAAGGACAUGAGAAAGGGCUGGCUUUUAAUCAGCACUACAUAGCGCGGAUAAAAGUCUUCCCUGAUAAGUAUGUUAAGGAUAUCCUUUUAAUCGUCAGUGAAAGUGGCAGCCAGCCUUCGCAGAGAAUGAAGACUCUCAAGAUGGUCAUCAAAGAGCUGCUGCGGGUUUUGGACUCCGUUUUGUGGCCCUUAUUAAACGAUUAUGCGAGACAACAUAAGGCCCGCGUCUCCAUAAUGGCACGAGAAAGGAUGCAUAUUCAAGCCGCAUUGCUAAUCGCAGAGGACCUCGAUUUAAUCUCUGAGUUCAGAUUAAUUAGCUGGCCAAGUUGGGCAAUAGACCUCUGA